AUGACAAUCAACAACAGCUCAGGUGACCAUUUCAUCCUGGUGGGCUUCUCUGAUCAGCCACAACUUGAAAAGAUCCUCUUUGUGGUGGUGCUAAUCUCCUACCUCCUGACACUGGUAGGCAACACAGUGAUCAUCCUUGUCUCCCGUUUGGAUUCUGCGCUCCAAACACCCAUGUACUACUUCCUGACAAACCUCUCUUUUGUUGAUAUCUGCUUUUCCACCAGCAUUGUUCCUCAGCUGCUGUGGAACCUCCAUGGUCCAGCCAAGACAAUUACAGCCACAGGCUGGGCUAUCCAGCUUUAUGUGUCUCUGGCUCUGGGGUCCACUGAGUGUGUCCUCCUCGCAGUUAUGGCCUUUGAUCGCUAUGCUGCUGUUUGCCGGCCACUCCAUUAUGCCACAGUCAUGCACCCGCGGCUCUGCCAGUUUCUUGCAGGAAUCGCGUGGCUGAGUGGAGUGGGCAACACACUGAUUCAGGGCACCAUCACCCUCCGCCUGCCUCGCUGUGGGAACCACAGGAUUUAUCACUUCAUCUGUGAAGUUCAUGCCAAUGAAGUGCACUUUGCACACGUAUGA